ACGCUGACAGGGAACAAAAUUAACUCGGCUUAUCGAAGAGCUUUUCAGGUUCAGCUUCUCCUGCGACGCAACUAGGGUUUUCCAAGCACAUCGCAGCAGAAGUUCUAACCUUCAACAAUGGCAAACAUGGCCAGGUCCUUCCUUCAGGUGGCAGCUACAGAGGAGGUCGCUCCUCCGCUCAGAGUUGUUCAGAUCGAGGGACUGGUUAUAUUGAAGAUAAUCAAACACUGCAAGGAGUUUGCUCCAGCACUAGUCACAGGACAGCUUCUUGGUCUAGAUGUUGGUAGUGUUCUUGAAGUUACUAACUGUUUCCCUUUCCCGAUCAGAGAUGAAGAUGAGGAGAUUGAAGCAGAUGGGGCUAACUAUCAACUUGAAAUGAUGAGAUGCUUGAGGGAGGUUAAUGUUGAUAAUAACACCGUUGGAUGGUACCAGUCAACAAUUUUGGGUUCUUAUCAGACAGUUGAAUUGAUUGAGACCUUUAUGAAUUAUCAGGAGAAUAUCAGAAGGUGUGUGUGUAUCAUUUAUGAUCCUUCAAGGUCUGGUCAAGGUGUUUUAGCUCUGAAGGCUUUGAAGCUCUCUGAUUCUUUCAUGGAUCUUUACCGGAAUAACAGUUUCACUGGGGAGAAGUUGAGGGAGAAAAACUUGGCAUGGGUAGAUAUUUUUGAGGAGAUUCCUAUCAAAGUCUCGAAUUCUGCUCUGAUCAGCGCUUUUAUGACAGAACUGGAAGCCGAUUCACCAGUCACACAGUGUGAUUAUGAUCGCCUGCAAUUAUCAGCCAACCCAUUUAUGGAGAGCAAUAUGGAAUUUUUGAUUGAAUGUAUGGAUGAUUUGUCUAUGGAACAGCAGAAGUUUCAAUUUUACUACCGGAACCUGUCACGUCAGCAAGCUCAACAGCAAGCAUGGCUUCAGAAAAGAAGGACAGAAAACAUGGCACGUAAAGCGGCUGGAGAAGAACCUUUACCAGAGGAGGAUCCUUCAAAUCCUAUAUUUAAGCCAAUUGCUGAGCCAUCACGGCUAGAGAGCUUUCUUAUAACAAAUCAAAUUUCAAACUUCUGCAACCAAAUCAAUGGGGUUGCUGGGCAGAACUUCAGCAGAUUAUAUUUGAUGAAAGCUUUGAAUGAAAACUGAGGAAAAGCCUGGUGGAUAGAUGAUGCAUUCUUUGAAAUGCUUCUGCUUAUUUUUAGUCAGGAGGAAAUAUAUUUCUCCUGGGUAGAUGUUUUGGUUUUCUUCUGAGAUGAAAAUUUUGGAAUGUCAAAAGAGUUAAAAGAGAAAAAAAAAAAAAAAAAAAAAUUUAUGUUGUAAUUACAUUAUUAAGAUUAGAGAAAUUAGAGAUUAAUUUGGUUUUUCAUUUUCGAAAACGUUGUAUGAAUUAAACCCUAGAACAUGUAUUAACAUAAAACGAAGUGUUUGGUUCAGCUU